AUGGCUUCCCCUGCCAUCCACAAUCGCGGCGGACCCGUCCAGACUGCUCAUCCCGGAGUCUUCACCUGCUCACAGUCCAUCUGCUCAGACGCCGGCUGCGUGGACAACAGCCUACAGUUUGAAUGCAUCUCACAAGUCAAAGAAGGCUACGACAUCUCCUUUCUCGGGUUGACCAUGGAGUGUGACGGAGACAAGAGCGGAUACCCGUACUUGGCCUGUACUUGCAUCGAGGAUUUUGUCAACUGCGAUGACAACGGCGCUCUCCAAGGCCGGGGCAGUCCCAGCGUCGUGGGCGCAAACGGCUACGCUUCGGCCACGACGGUGAUUGGAAAGAAAGCAGGGAGUGCGGUGAAUACUCAGGCUGCGCAGAGUCAGCCGAGUUCAAAGAGUGCCGCCAAUAAGCUUGGAUGGCAGGUCAAGUUUGGGCUUGUCACUAUUGUAACGGCCGCGUUGGUCCUCUGA